AUGGACCACACAGACCCCUUCCUCCAAGUCCAAGCCGACGUCCUCUCAACCCUCCAAUCCACACGACCUCUCUUCUCCUCCUAUCUCCGCAUUCGCUCCCUCGCCAAAUCGCCCAAUAACCCAGAGCUCCAACAAGCGCGCUCCGAGCUCGAGACCACCCUCACCGAUCUAACCGCGGACCUCGACGAUCUAGUCGAGAGUGUGCGUGCAAUCGAGCAAGAUCCAUAUCGAUUCGGUCUAGAACUGGAAGAAGUCCAGCGCCGACGAAUUCUCGUUAACGAUGUCGGCGCCGAGGUCGAGAAGAUGAGGGAGGAGUUGCAGAGGACGGUUACGGCUUCGAGUGGUGGGAAGGGCACGACUGGUGCGCUGCCGAACCCGGCUGACUUUGAUAAUGUCUUGUCGCCGUCGGCGGAGGAUCAGGGAGAUGAUUACUAUGCUGCGAUGGAGCAGCAACGACAGAUGGAGUUGAUGCACGAGCAAGAUGAGCAGUUGGAUGGGGUGUUUCGCACGGUGGGGAACCUGCGACAGCAGGCUGAUGAUAUGGGGAGAGAGUUGGAGGAACAGGGGGUCAUGAUAGAUGAGGUGGAUACGUUGGCCGACCGAGUGGGCGGCAAGUUACAGAAUGGCAUGUCAAGGCUGAAAUACAUCAUACGGAAGAAUGAGGAUACAAUGUCAUCCUUUUGCAUUGCCGUCCUCAUAUUCGUUUUGGUCCUCCUCCUCAUCCUGCUCAUUGUUCUUUAA